UUGCCAGAUGCAGUCAGUAGCAGAGGGAAGAGGCGGACUGCACGCUGCACUGGUAUCGCAGUAUGCAAACCUCAAUUUGACAAAAUGGUUGCAAUGUGAUGACUAAAAUCGGAUACAGCAAACAAGAAAAGGCUACAAAAGUUGAGUGCCGUGCGAUAUCGUCGAAGCAGGGAAUAAUUUAUAAUUCCAACGCAGCGAGUGAAAUCAAACUGUCGGAGCCGCGCUGGGUUACUCAAGAGUGCAAAGCGGGACAGAAAGAAAGUUUGCGAUUCUUUUUUGCAGUGCCAGUUCUGUGGAAGUUCACUGAUGAAUAUAUUCACCUGUACUUUUAACAACAGUGGACAACUCAAACUGUAUUUUGCAUUGCGCUGGAAGUAAGUAUUUCUGCAAUUAACGAUAAAGUGAACCGCUUGAUUAAAAAAAAGUUCGAUGUUACUGGAGGUCGGCGAAGCUUGCGACCACUAUUCCAAUCGCUAUCUUUACUGUCUCCUCUCGCAACAGGAUUGCCCAGUUCUCAAUCCGCGACUCUCCUAUUCCCGGGAAUAAUUUGUUUCUGUACUCUUGUGCGGGGCAGCAGAGAGGAAUCGACACACUUGUUGGGGACGGCGAAUCAUGUUGAUUGUGCAUGACGACUUGCGGCCGCUUCAAAAAUCGUUUCGAGCAGAAACAGUCAGCAAAAAGCGAGCUGCGGGAUCUGCCUUGCGAGAACGUUUCUGGAGAUCCACACGGCGUUUCAUCUAGUCAACGGGAAUAGAGCUUGGAUUCCACAAUCGAGCACAUAAAACAAGAAUACGUUUGUCAUAUCGCAUCUGCUGGAAUUGCAAGUGGGGCAUUAUAGUGCAAUUGGAAAUUAGAAGCUACCUAUCACUGAGUUCAGUGUAUCUUAAAAGUGUUGCCACUGCUUGCAUUCGGGGAAAACCAGACACUAAUAUACACGAUUAUAGUGCAAAAUAUCGUGUCACGGAUGCAAGACAAAUUAAGGCUUAGUUAAUAUAUGGGAUUCCACGGUAUUAAUUUUUUCAGACCUGAAAUGAAAGGAUUUAGCCCGUGAUUUAUUAUAUGGCCAUGCGUGGUAAAAAGUAAUGCCGGCAACUCCCAGCCGUUGCAAUAAAACUGUGCACGUAGUCUCACAUCUUUUCGAGUGCAACGAAAAACUUAUGAAUGUAAUUUGCAAGUGACGAAGGAAAAUGAAACAACUAAGGGGAUAUUGAGCAAACCCCCACCCUCAGUUUUUAUUCUUGUUGUAAAUGCACUGUGGAAGUCAACAAUCAAGGUUUGUGCUUUAGGCAACCCCCCCCCCCCUCCCCAACGCCUGCCGGCUAAGCAAAAACAAAAGUCCAGAUUGUAAGAAAUAAUUUUGCACGCUCCUCCAGCGACUCUCACUCCCACUCCCACCUACAUAAUCAUAAGGAGACGCGAAUGGAGACCCAGAGCCUUUAUGGCAAUUACAGCGCGCGGUCCGGGCUUGAAGCAGCCGGCGUGCAGCGCCAGGGGGCGGCGUUCGAAAGCGUCUUCCACGCGGCUUGCGCGCGCGACCACAGCCUGGUGCGCGCCUCCGAGCCGUCGGCGGGGGCGAGCGGGCCAGGUGCCCCUGAGCCGGCGGUGGCCACGCCGCGGGGACGCGCGGAAGGCGAGGGCUUCGGCGCUUUUUACGAGGCCGCGUGCCGCCAGAGCGCCGCCAUCUUGGGCCAGCAGCCGGACGAGGCGGCGGUUGGCGGCGGCCGUGGAGGUUACGGGCACUCGCCGUACAUCGUACGGACUCUCUUCAACGCCUCGCGCGACGUGUGUCCCGAGCGAGAGAAAGGCGGCGACUGCCGCUGCGAUGGCCAUGACUUUGAAGACCGCGAGCUGCCCGGGGAAUACACCCCAGAGUCGGAGUUCAGCGGCAGUUGCUCUUACUCCCUUAUCAACGACACUGCUCGGGAGCUUUGCAAGGCCGUCUCGGUUUCCAUGGGCCUCCACAUUGACAGCAAUGAGCUGGGUGAACUGCAUUCUCCCUUUGGCCCCAACAGCAGCCAGAAUAAGAGAGACUGCAUGUUCUCCUUCCCUUCCAAUAACAGCAACACAGCAAUCACCGUAGAUACUGCAAUGGCAGUGCCCAGUGACGACCCGUGCCCUGGCUCUCAAAAUAUGAGGUUAGCCAGCAGACUGGAAGCUGGGAACGAGCUCGAUCGAGGGGAACGUAGGGAGUCAGAAAACAGUGAAUAUUCCACAGAGUACGACAUAUCUCAUUCAAGGAGAGAGUCCAUUUGUAGAGGGUUAGUUGAAGACUCCACUGGUAAUGAAUGUGUCACCAGGGCUCAAGAAGCGAAAUGCAUUGGUGAAGAAAGUCGGACAGCUGAUUAUGCUGACAAGGAUCAUAAGCAGUGCCACUUUAACAGAGUAUUUGCGAGUAACUGUGAACAUGACCGACCUUCUGACGAAAAUACCUUGUACAACCUGUCAGACAGAGUUGGCUUGAGAGCUACUGACAACUGUGACCUUAAUAAUGGCAAUCCAUGCAUGCAGUUUGGUGCAGCUACAAACAUUAAAAUUAAAAUAGAAGAGCCCCACACCAUGGACAACCAUAAAGCAUUUUCUCCUCAGUGCAGAUAUGUGGAUUGCACAAUGACACCACUUUAUGGGUCCACGCCAUCUUGGCGUUAUGUUGAAAAGGGGACUUUUGUGAAUGACUUUGGUGGUUCUCCUGAAUAUCCAAGUAAUGAUUUAGCAGUUCAGGAUAAUAUUAUCACAUCUGACUCAUGGUACUCAAGUGGACAGCUAGAUAGAGGGCCACAUCCAGCCUCAGGCCAUGUUAAAAAUGAAAUGGACAGCUGGAUCGAUGGAUACUACAACAUACGAUCGGAGAAUACGAGGAGUCUUGGUCUCCAAAUGGACUACUUUUUCCAACCUCAGAAAACCUGUCUCAUUUGUGGAGAUGAGGCAUCAGGAUGUCAUUAUGGAGCACUCACUUGUGGCAGUUGCAAGGUGUUCUUCAAGAGAGCAGCUGAAGGAAAACACAAGUUUCUGUGCGCUAGCAGAAACGAUUGCACUAUUGAUAAAGUACGGAGAAAAAACUGUCCAUCAUGUCGUUUGAGAAAAUGCUUUGCAGCUGGAAUGACGCUUGGAGGUCGAAAAUUAAAGAAUACACGACCAUUCCAAACUGCAGAGGAUACUGACUCUUCAGUUGUGCAAAAGCAACAGAACACCACUGUCCCCAUUAUCCCAAGGAUUGGCGUACCAAGGAUGCAGAAAUUUCAGUGUCAACCUCUGUUUCUCGCUGUGCUACAGUCCAUUGAGCCUGAUAUGGUAUAUGCAGGCUAUGACAAUACGCAGCCUGAUACAUCUGCCAGUUUGUUAACAAGCCUCAAUGAACUAGGGGAAAGACAACUUGUGCGUGUUGUCAAAUGGGCAAAAGUUUUACCAGGUUUUCGCAAUUUACAUGUGGAUGACCAAAUGAGUCUCAUACAGUAUUCGUGGAUGGCAGUUAUGGUCUUCGCAAUGGGAUGGAGGUCUUAUAGAAUUGUGAAUUCCAGAAUGCUCUACUUUGCACCAGACUUGGUAUUUAAUGAGCAACGGAUGCAAAAAUCAACUAUGUAUGAUCUCUGUGUGGAAAUGCAGCGAUUGUCCCAGGAGUUUCAGUGGCUUCAGAUCUCUCAGGAUGAGUUCCUUUGCAUGAAAGUAUUGCUACUCUUUAGCAUUAUACCAGUUGAAGGUCUGAAAAACCAGAAAUACUUUGAUGAGCUACGUUUGAACUACAUUCAGGAACUAGACAGAGUAAUUUCCUUUCAAGGAAAUGAUACCACAAAUAAUCCACAGCGUUUUUAUCAACUAACCAAGCUCUUGGACUCACUGCAGAUAACAGUGAGGAAACUCCACCAGUUUACAUUCGAUCUGUUCGUUCAGUCUCAGUCUCUGAGCGUCCAGUUCCCUGAAAUGAUGGCAGAGAUAAUCUCUGCCCAGGUACCAAAGAUCCUAGCUGGCAUCUGUGGGGCCGAUUGCCUAUGGAAGAAACAGGAACAGGAAACCUUAAAGAAAUCUCUACGGGCGACAGGAAACCUAUAAAUACAUUUUGUGUAGUCUCAUUACAAGGCAGCCUUCAAAGUGGACACUAAUUAAUUGCAGCAGACACUUCAGCCAUACGAGAUCUGUACUGCCUCAUCUUUCACCCUGUGAACUCUAUGAUUGGCCACCUUUUUUUUCAAAAUGACAUUAUCAAUAACAGAAUUGGUACUUGACUUUCAAUGAGAACAAUGAGUUAUUUACAGUUGGACAAGUAACUGUUUCAUGCAUAAUAAGAAAUUGACAGACUAUUACGGAUAACAUAACUCAUAACAUGUAUAGAUUAUACAAUAAUAUGAUUUUGUUACUUUCACUGGACUUGAUGGCUGAGCGUAGAUGGAUUGUCAAUGAAAAUUAUGAUUUCUGCAUAUUUGUAAAAAUGCUCAGUAUCUUUUCUUUCUGUUGCACUUUUCUUCAGUUGCGUGCUCCUUUAUGUAGUUAACAUAAUGCAAAAAUCCUGAAUGCUCCCAGAACUAAACGAGUAAUGGUGGAGGGUAAUCAUUCAAGCAACUUGUCAGCAUGAAGGAAUUCCUAAGAAGCACUAUUUCUAUAGUUUUUUUAAUCUGCUAUAGAUGUUUCAAAAUUGGAGGAAAGCCUUGCUGUAAUUGUGCGUUAACCACAACUUAAAUGUAGUCCCUCCAUUACCUGUAUUACCAGGCUAAUCAAUGGUGUCAAAUUGCCACUGAUGAAAGCAAAGCCUGUGACUUCACAAGGAAGAAUUUUGUUAUCCAUCAGCAUGUUGGCAUUCAUGACUAUUUUGACUCCUUCCUUCAUCAUUGCCUGUGAGGCAGCCCAUCCACAACACAUUCCAGUACCUUGAGGAAAGGGGUAAGUGACUGCUAGGCUUUUGCAUGUGUUAUGUAUUCCAUUUGCAAGAGCAAACCACACAAGCUUUGUAGCCAGAAGCAAAUUAAAAAGGAUCAAGCAGCCAGCCAGCUUGUUGCGUUGUGUUUGCCUGUCUCUGAAUAUUCCCGACCUCUUCUGUCCCUUCUUCAUCAGCCCUGUGUUUUAUAUAGCAUUUCUAUGGAUAUCAUCAUCUUUUUUGUAUGGUGUUUGAAUGUGACAUAGAGCUUGGUACAAGUAUGAAUGUUCACAUCCUAUGGAAAAUGUCUCUGUGUUAUUGGAUGUUACACUAGGAAGAGAGGUAGGGGAGAUGUAUUAGCAUGUAAAAUGCUUAUGAGUUUGGGCAUUUUAUUGCCAUUAAAUGAGGCAUUAUGCAGUUAUAAGCAGUAAAUUUGUAUGGUCAAAUAAACAAAACAUAUGGAGUAUCAUUUAGUCUGCAUAUCCAUCAACACUCCUCGCCAUAUUGACCAAGCAAGAUCUCUUCUGAAUAUGUCUCACUAAUAAUGUAAUAAAUCUCCUCCCAUAAUUAGUGCACCCCCAAAACCUUAAUUACAAGUUACAAUCUGUUGCCACAUUGUACUUUAAAAAUGGUUUUCUAGACCAAUGCAAGGGGAAUUUUCACUUUGAAAUUAAUUUCUCAGUCAGUAACAAUUAUCAGUUUCUCAUUUAUAUGCACUUUGCUUUACGAAAUUUUUAUGUUGGCUGAGAGCUUCCCAUCCAGUGUGCUUAUUGCAAAUUCAGUCUCGGGGAUCAGUGCAUCCCAUGAGACUGCCCAUACAUUACCUCAUUUGUCUUCACUAUAGGAUGACCGUCCAAUGAAACAAAGAGAUUAUUUCUCUCACAGCACUAUUCACGCCGCUGCCUGGAAAUUUAUUCUGAAUUAUACAGCCUAUCACAAUGAGUAAGUCUUAUUUACUGCUGAAUCACCAAUGUAUCACCAACUGACUUAUUCCGAUUGAUUGCCAAUUUCGAUGUGCUGCUAGGGUAGGUGGUAGAAGCAGAUACAAAAGCAACAUUCAAGAACAGGCAGGGAAUAGAGGGAGAUGGACUAUAUCCAGACAGAUAGGAUUAGUUUGGAAUGGCAAUAUGGUCAGUACAGACAUGGUGGGCUGAAGGACCUGUGCUGUACUGUUCUAUGUUCUAAACUGUGAAGCUAACAUUAUUCAAGUGGUUUAUAAAUGAUUUUGUAAGUAAACUUAUAUAAAAUUUCAAUGGCAGGAAAGGGCUCAUUUGGCUGCCAGUUAAUUAGUAACUGUUAAAAUUCAGAAAACAAGAAUUAAAAGAGCAAAAUAUACCCCAAUAUCUUUUCUCUUUUUUCGGACGUUAUAAUCAUUAAAGAAAGGUGUAAAGCAAUAUAUAAUGUGAAAC